UCCCGCCCCGUUUUAACUAUCACUUCUGCUACUCUGGGGAUGGUUAGUGUCAAACUUAUCUUCAAAGCAAACAACAGGCUUAGCACCUUGUUUCGUUUGGCUGUGUUACCGUGAAGCAUGCACCAUGAGGACCGGGCUGUCGCCUCUUUGAGUCGGGCUGCUUUGAAGGGAGGGUGCUCCGGCUCAUCUUGCUUCACAGUUGAAAUAUCGUGUUGAAUAUGCUGUGAUCGGACUGACGUAUCAUGGAUCCUGAGGAGUUAGAGCUGCAGAAUGACUACCGUUACCGUAACUAUGCGUCGGUCAUUGAGAAGGCGCUGCGAAACUUUGAGUCCUCGAGUGAGUGGGCAGAUCUCAUCUCCUCCCUGGGCAAGCUCAAUAAGGCCUUGCAGAGUAACCUUCGCUAUUCCCUCCUGCCCAAGAGGCUGAUAAUAGGGAAGCGUCUCGCCCAGUGCCUGCACCCAGCUCUGCCGAGUGGAGUGCACCUCAAGGCUCUGGAGACCUAUGAGAUCAUUUUCAAAAUAAUCGGAACAAAAUGGCUGGCCAAGGAUCUGUUCAUUUACAGCUCAGGAUUGUUCCCACUGUUGGGCCAUGCAGCCAUGGCAGUGAAGCCUAUGCUGCUGACACUGUACGAGCGUUACUAUCUCCCGCUGCAGAGGGCUUUGCUGCCCAGUCUUCAGGCCUUUAUAACAGGAUUACUGCCAGGCCUGGAGGAGGGACUGGAGGUUUACGACAGGACUGAUGCAUUGCUGCUGAAGUUGUCACUGCUGGUGGGUCAGCAGGUGUUCUAUGGUGCACUAUGGGGCAGUAUGCUGGUCACCCCCAUGGUGCGACUGCCCGCCUCCGUCUUUAUCGUCACACACUUUGACUGCAUGGCAUCUGUGAGCCAGCAAUCAUACAUGCUAGGCUACGACCAUCGACUGGUGAUAAAGUCGGUGUGUCUCUCUCUGCAAGAUGCAAAUGUCCUGGUGCAGAGGAACAUGCUGGAAAUCCUGCUUUACUUUUUUCCCUUUGCUACAUGCCUGGACCCAGCUGAGGCCGGUAUCGCCCUGAGCGGUAAAGACAUGGUGACCAUGGUGUCUGCAGCCUCACUGACUCUACUCCGCAGAGACAUGUCCCUCAACAGACGCCUCUACGCCUGGCUCCUAGGGACCGACAAAAAAGGAGGAAUGGUGGCACCACACCCCACCCUCUCCACUACCACAGAGGAACAUACAUCAUACUACUUCAACACCUACUCUAGAGAUUUCCUUGUGCAGGCUCUAAUUAACAUCCUCAAACAGAAGGAUGUGGAGAGCGACCCAGAAAAUGUAGUGGGGCACCUCAGGCCCUUUCGCAUCAUCAUCAGUCUGCUGGAUAAACCGGAGAUAGGUCCAGUGGUCUUGAGCAGUGUGAUGUUGGAGGUGGUCCGAGCCUUCUACAGAUACUGUCGAGAGAUGGUCGGGGAGGAAACCAUCACCAGCGCGGGGCUCUCAGGCAACCUGCUAGCCAGCAAGAUAAAAGAGAACAAGAACGCAUCCGAGAUCAUAAAGACGGUGAACAUGCUUGUGAGCUCCAUGAACAGUGAAUACCUGUGGGAGUACAUGACCAGACGCUUCUGCACUUCUCUCAGUCCCAAAGAUGACCCACCAACGCCUCCUCAGCAGGACCUCAAUCAUCCUGCUCCGUCUGUCACAGAGAUGUCCAAUCUCAUCAUUUUCCUGCUCGACGUUCUCCCUCUGGAGCUUCAUGCUGACAUCCAGUCCCAGUUUCUCCCUGAGAUGCUGGGCACCAUGCUGCGGACCCUGCACAGCCAAAUGGACUUUGUCAGCCUGGAAGAUGUCACACAGGGUCUGCGUGCCUGCUUCAAGGUCCUCAGUAAAAUCCAGAUGCCUGUGGCUUAUAUGGAUGUCGAGUCAGGGGCACAGACAGACGAGAUGGAGCUGCAGUCACCUGCGGAGGAAAGCAAAACGACUCCGGAUACAGAGGGAGAGAAAGAUGGCAGCGUUGGUCAGGUUAAUGGUCACCAUGGAGAUGAAGAGCUGAACAGAGAUGGAGGAGACGAGGCAGAGCCUGCAGAUGGUAUUUACCCAACGCUCAGGUCUGAAGACAGCGGACUGGGCGUCAGCGCCUCACCGUCCGAGCAGCAGCUUCCACCAGGGUUGGGGAUGGGCGAGGAGGGAAAUGGAAUUUGCAAUGAAGGCGAGACAGUGUGGAGGAGAGGAGGCACUAUAGACACCAUGACCCAGUGUCUGCAGGAUAUCCUGGCCUUCAUAGCCACAAAAUACCUGCUGGUGCAGGUGGAGGAUGUCUCGGGACCAGAGGAAGUACCCCAGCCAGACCUAACUGCUACUUCUGUGGAUCAGAAGACGUUGUUGCCAGGCAUAGGGGGGCGUGAAAUUAAAGACAAACUGACUGAACUGUUCAUUCCAAACAAGUCUAAAGCCCAGCCUACACCUGACGCUCAGCUCUUAGCAGCACCUGUGGAGAAGAAAAAGGAGCGUGGGCCUGUAGGGGGUCUGGACUGGGCGGCUGGCUACAUGCCAAGGAGCAAGGCAGAAAUCUCUGAGGCCUGUCGACAGGCCUUCACAGCCACCUGCCACCUGCUGCUGGAGUGCACCACCUUUCCUGUCUACCUAACUGAAGAGGAGACUCUGGUUCUCCACGCAGACAUAUUCGGCCCCACAGGUAGUGACGUCAGCAGCUUGCCAAUGUGGUUGAGGUCGUUGAUGACAUUGUGCUGCCUGUCCAGGGACUACAGCAUCCAGCACACUGCAGUGGCCUCCCUCUUGGAACUCAUCAACCACUCCCAGUCCUUAGCACUGGUCAUCCAGGACAAGCACAGACGCUACCAGACAUCUGACUCUAACCCUCUGAGCGGACGGCUGCAGAUGGUCACUUUGCCACCGAUCUCCCCCGCUGUGCUUCGUGCCAUAGAGGAAAGCACAGAUUUCUAUCAGAGGGUGUCCCAGGUACUGUGGAGCCAGCUGGACACGGAGCGGAGAGAGCAGCACACUUCCUGUGUGGAACUCUUUUACAGGCUUCACUGUCUAGCUCCGUCAGCAUCCAUCUGUGAAGACAUCAUCUGCCAGGCGCUACUGCACAAAGACAAGGCUGUUAGGCUGGAAGCGCUACACCGCUUUACAGUUCUGUGGCACCUGACCCGGGAGAUCCAGUCUAACAGGACCAUGUCUCUCAAUCGCUCCUUUGACCGGUCUCUGUGUGUUGUGGUGGAAAGUCUGAGCUCUACAGAUGGCUCAAUUAGUGCAGCAGCUCAGUGCUGGCUGGUCCGGGCUCUUUCCCUCAGUGACGUGAUUCGGAUCCUGGAGCCUAUUCUGUUGUUGCUGCUUCACCCCUCCACUCAGCGCUGCUCCAUUCAGAGCAUCAAACAAAAUCUCACUGCUGGCAACUUGAAAAGUAUGAGCAACAGAAGUCGAACCUCCACCAAAACUUCUGCAGCAUGUAUGGAUUCCAUGGCAACAGAGGUCACCAUCUUAAAUCUCAUGAGCAUUGUGGACCGGGAAUCUCUGUGGGCAGAGUUAGACAAUGGCCCAGAGUUGGCCCAGCCGCCGGACACUUUAGUGGUAUCGAGGAGUGAAAGUGAGGAGACAGUCGAGGAGGAGGCUAUAGAGGAGGAGGAGGAGGAAGCUGAGAGUGAACACACUGAGUCAGCUGACACUAGUGGUGCCCAGGUAUCCGCUGAGAACUCCAGCUCUGGCUCUGUCCCCUCCCAUAGCGUAGAGGAGGGUGUGGUCAACGGUCUGCGGAGGACAGAGUCCGAGCACACGCAGGCAUCUGAUUCACUGUCAAGUGAGGAUGAGGAGGAUUUGGAGCUGGAGGCUAUGGCCAGGUCCCGCCUGUUAAAACAGGAGCGUGAGAAGAGAGAGGCCAUCGACUCUCUGUUCCGCCAUGUCCUUCUGCAUCCUGUGGCGGGCGGCUGGCGCCAUCUGCUCCAAGGCUUGGCACUGCUUGACAGCCUGCUGAGGAGCAGUGCUGAGUGCCCUCUGGUGGAUGCCCUGUCCUACACUUCUCUGGACACAAGCUCUGCUGCACAUUUAAACCUGGUCUCCAACCUCCUGCAGCGCCACCAACAGGCGCAGGAUGGUCACGGCUUCUACGGCUGCCUGCUUUCCCCUUCCUCCUCCCCCUCUGUGCCCCCAUCCCUGCUUAUUGAACUGCUGGUUUCCUUGUGCCUGCGUUUCCUGCGCUCUCAUUACCCUUCCUAUCUGAGCCUGAGUCCUCUUGACCUGCAGGGGAACAGGGAGGUUCAGGUGAAGAGUGUGGAGGUGCUGACCCGGAUGGUGAACCAGCUUGGCUGCAAGGCAAGGGGACAAGAGGGCAACGGGGCCAGUCUGGAGCCCAUCCGCAGACUCCUCUCAGGAUGUAAAGUGCAGCAAUAUGCUCUGCUUACACUUUCUGCAUCCAUGUAUGUCAGUCAGAGGGGAGCGGACAAGGGACUUCCCAAGGGUUUGGAGCUGCUGGAUGAGCAGGGAGGCCUGUCAGAAGAGAGUCUGGUGAAUCUUGGAGCUGGAGGUGGACAGGAACAGUACCCCUUACAAAUGGAAUUACUGAAACUCCUCCAGGCUCUCAUAGUCCUAGAGUACCACGUGUGGCCCGCUGGGGCUGCCUCUGCAGCUGGGCCAGGUGGAGCAUCUGGCCAGCCCGGGGAACCUCGGGAAUCCCCAACCGCCACCACCCCGCUUGCUCGUGAGUGGCAAACAGCGGUUCUCUUUCAGCAGUCCAUCAAGGCAGCGCAGUACGUCCAGAGCCAUCCCAUCACAGCCCAAGGGAUGUUUGUUUCUGCCGCAGCCAGGGCUCUGCAGCCACAGUACGGCUACGCCAUGCACCCCCACUGGGUUUCACUGCUGUGCUCAUGUCUGCCCUACUUGGGUCGCUCAUUAGGCAUCAUCGUGGCUCCGCUCAUCAGUCAGAUCUGCAGGAACUUGGACGAGCUGGUCAAGCUUUACGAGCAUGAUGGAGGAAAGGCAAAUCAGAGCCUGAGUGGCAGGAGGGAGAACAUUGCUCCUGACUACCCUCUGACUCUGCUAGAAGGGCUGACCACCAUCACACACUAUUGUCUACUGGACAACAAGAGGUCCUUGGUUACCUGUGAUCCCAUGGACAUCCGUAAUGCACGCAACGCUGUGAUCGAGGCACUACCGCACAUGCUCAGUAGCAUGACAUUGUUGUGGAGGGUGGUCAUGAAGGAAGAGUUCCAGAGGAGAGCAUCUGACACUGCUCAGAGCACCAGACACACUUCUACCUCUGUGUACUUUAAAAGCACCAAGAUCUUACGUCAACGGAUACUGGAGUUCCUGGUCCCACUAACUGGGCAGUAUGGGAUCCAGCUGAUGGCUUCACUGGGAGCAGUGUGGAGCAGCAGGAGGAGUAAAAGGAGACAUAGAAACCAGGUUUUACCUGUGGCCAGUGAGUCUCGUCUAACCAUCGUGGCUUUGGUGAAAUCGUUGCACACCUUGCACACCGAUACCAUCCUACAGUUGGUGAAGGAGGUGGUGAAAAAGCCACAUCAGAUCAAAGGAGAACAGAAGUCAACCCUGGUAGAUAUCCCCAUGUUACAGUUCAGCUACGCCUAUAUCCAGAGCAUUUCAGCUCAGACUCUGCAGGAAAACGUGGCUCCUCUCCUCAGUUUGUUGCGGGAGUCUGUUCAGCUCAAUCUUGCACCACCUGGGCACUUCCUGCUGCUGGGGAUACUCAAUGACUUUGUCAACAGGCUCCCCAACCUGGACAACAAGAAGGACACUAAAGAUCUGCAGGAUGUGACUCAGCGGAUCCUCGAGGCAGUGGGUGGGAUCGCAGGGUCCUCUCUGGAGCAGACCAGUUGGCUCAGCCGCAGCCUGGAGGUCAAAGUUCAGCCACAGGUGUGCGCUGAAGCAGAGGAGCCUGACGACGCAGACGCCGAUGGUGACCAUUAUGAAUCAAUGGCUCAAGCUAGCACCAUGGUUUCCUCUUCAGCGCCCUCAGUGUACAGCGUGCAGGCUCUUGUACUUCUGGCUGAGGUCUUGGCACCACUUCUGGACAUGGUAUACCGCAGUGAUGAGAAGGAGAAAGCCGUUCCUCUCAUUUCUCGGCUCAUGUACUAUGUUUUCCCCUACCUUAAGAACCACAGUGCCUACAACAUGCCCAGCUUUGAGGCAGGUGCUCAGCUGCUGAGCAGUCUAAGUGGGUAUGCCUAUACCAAAAGGGCCUGGAGGAAAGAGGUCUUUGAGCUCUUUAUGGACCCACUCUUCUUCACCAUGGAUGCCUCUUGUGCUCCCAGUUGGAAAUCCAUUGUUGACCACCUGCUGACUCAUGAGAAGACCAUGUUUAAAGACAUCUUGAGCAUGCAGAGUGGCUCCCUGAAACUGUUUACCAACGUAGACCAGAAACCCAUGCUGCUGAAGCGCCAGGCAUUUGCCAUGUUCAGUGGCGAACUCGACCAGUAUCAUCUGUAUCUGCCCCUCAUCCAAGAGCGCCUUACCGAGGCUUUGCGCAUGAACCCUAGCCCUGGUGUUUUAGCCCAGAUGUUCCUGAUGUUUCGUGUUCUCCUGUUGCGGAUUUCAUCCCAGCACCUCACAUCUCUUUGGCCAAUCAUGGUCACAGAACUGAUUCGCAUAUUUGCACGUCUAGAGAAAGCUCUGCAGCCAGAUAAAGACGUCUCAAAGCUUGCUAAAGUGGUGCGAUCAGCCCCUGAAAAAAAUGGACCAGUGAAUUUCUCUCAGGCAGAGUUGGACAUGUACCUGUCAGCCUGCAAGUUUCUGGACACCUCGCUGGCUUUUCCUCCAGAGAGGAUACCACUCUUUCAGAUGUAUCGUUGGGCAUUUGUCCCAGAGGUGGACGUGAACCGCUACAGUGGCCCAGAGAAUGCGCUGAUAGAAGGCGAGCAGGGAUGCGUACCCCAUGUUGUCAGGGUACUGGAUGGGAUACAACUGCGAUAUGGGACGCUAAAUGGGCUCAGUGAGGAAUCUUCCACGGAGCAUUUGGAGUUCCCCCUCCUCACUCAACGGUCCCUGUCCUCCAUCACCCAGCUGUUGCCUUUCCUUCGCACCCUUUGCUGUUCCUUCCAGUCCCCUCCCCCGUACAGCCACCCCAUGCCCCACUUCCCAGUAGCAGACUACCCAGCAGCCAGUGCAGGCGCAGUCCUGAACAAGCUGGAGUGCAUCACUGAAGAAGAAUUCCUGGACCCCAUGGAGAGUUAGAGCUCAAGCAUGAAGCUUUCAUGAACUAAGUCCUCUUCUCAAGCUCUUUUACCUGCAGCCAUAUGAGUGGAAUACCUAAAAUAGGCACAACUGAUGACGAUGUUGUAUUGUGAACAAGACAAAAAGGAAAUGCUUUGGAAUUCUGUUUUUUAAAUGUUUUAACUUGUCUGAUCUCCACAUGAAUAUGUGUACCUCUGAGGUUCUCUCACACUGAGUCUGUAUUGGAAAAGCUGAGGGACUUUGUUGUAGCUAUGUGUGUAUGUAGCUUUUUGGUUAUCUGCAAAAAACGUGGUUGAAAUAUUAUUGCAAGUUACUGUAGAAUGCUUCUUUCUGUGUCAAGGAUGAGUAUCAUCUCAGUUGCAGAUAUUCACACAUUGAGAUUGUGUCGGUGUCUACUCUCUUUGCUUUACGUGGUUUUAGACUAAAAAAUGUCAACACAAAAACAGGUAUUAUGUAAACCAGAUUCAAAUGACUGCCUAUUGUUCUUAUUAGGCAUGCAACCUAUACUAACAGCCGUUCCAGUAAAUAUUUUUUAGUUUAACACCAGAUAGCAGAAUCACUGUGAAGAACCUCAUUAAGUAUUGUUAAUAUGUUCUUUCGACUUUUUCAUAACCUUCGGUUAACCACACUCUCUGGUGCGUGCAUAAUUACGUCUGUCUGACUCUGAGAAUGUAAAGACUCCAGUGUAUGGCUGCUGUUGCAGAGGUACUUUCUCUUUUAUUGUUGUUGGAUACAUCAUUAUGGGACCUCACAAACUUUUGGCUAAGAUUCAUGUUAAGAAUUGUAUGAGUAAGUUACUGAAUGUGAUUUGUGUACACCGGAAAAACCCUCUGAAAUAUUUUUGGGGGUACCUCCGCUAAUUUAUGUGCUAGCCAUUUUUGGUGUUUAAGGGAAUCAGCCUUUCUUUGUAGUUGUUCAUGGAUAGUUUUUACAACUGUCUGUUGUCUUUUUUCCACAAUGCUGAAUGCUCAAGUAAUUUAUUUUGGAUGUUUAAAGGACCAUGUCAAGUUUUGAAUUAACUGAAAGACGACUCAUUAAAUUAAAUAUUAAGCAUAAA